UUUACAUAACUUACCUGAAAAGUAAAAUGUUAUGUUACUGUUAAAUAACUGGUUAGUAUAACGCCCAAAUAUGAUAACGGAAGUCUAGUAGUAAUAACAUACCAUACCAUUCUAAUGAUAAAACGUUAUCCUUUCAAGAAUGGAUAUAUAGACUGACUGAUGCGACAUCGCGCCCUGACGUAUGACGCAGUUGGGAGAUACGGGUAUCUUGAUCUGGUUAUCACCGAGAACCUUUGUACCUAAAUAUGUGACUACCUAGCUUGCUUAUUCGCGCAAACACUAUUGUUCGUUGAUGUGCACAUUGCUGUGAAUCUCUGUGACUCUAACUGUUACCCUGUCCACUGAGUAUGCCUUACCGCACCGGCUGCACACAACUCACAGUGCUGUUACUGUCGUGGCAUCUCAUACAAGGGCAACAAGAGAACGACUUGAAACUCGUCCCACUAGAUUUAGACCAGCAAUCUGCAGGACGCCUGGAAAUCUACCAUAACGGCACUUGGGGAACAAUAUGUGAUGACACCUUUGAUAACAACGCUGCCACCGUGGUCUGUCAUCAGCUGGGGUAUACAGGUUCUGUCUUUACACCCCAUGGAGGAUCUUACUAUGGUCCAGGUGGAGGGGUCAUUUGGCUGGAUGACUUUAGCUGUACUGGAAGCGAGGCUAGGCUGACAGAUUGCCUUCUCAAACCCUGGGCUGUCACCAGCUGUAACCACAACAACGACGCGGGAGUCGACUGUGAUCCAGACAUGGACACAGACAUACCUGUCCAGAUAAUAGGUGGCCCUUCAGGGCUGAUGGGUCGUGUGGAGAUCCAGCACCAGGGCCAGUGGGGUACGGUCUGUGACGACGAGUGGGAUGACAAGGAUGCUGCCGUCGUGUGCAGACAAAAGGGAUUCUCCAAUGUAUACGCUGUGCCACUGACCAACUCCUAUUUCACCAACGGCUCGGGGGUUCCCAACCAGCCCAUCUGGCUAGACGACGUACGGUGCACAGGGAGCGAGGCCGGCCUUGGAGCCUGCGGUCACAAGCCUUGGGGAUCCAGCAAGUGCCACAACACUGAGAAUGCAGGGGUCAUCUGCCUUCCGAUGCCAUCGAGUGGAAUUGGGCUUAAAAUACGACUGUCAGAUGGCCUAGACCAAUACGAGGGCCGCGUGGAGCUGCAGGUAUACGGUCUGUGGGGCACUGUGUGCGACGACAGCUUCGACACAAGGGAAGCCAGUGUUGUCUGCAGAAUGUUGGGAUACACUUCAGGAAGUGUGUUGGGCGGCGGCAUGUACGCAGCAGGGAGCGGGCCAAUCUGGUUGGAUGACAUCGUCUGUAAUGGCACAGAAGCAUCUGUAGACAAUUGUACCCACCAUCCCUGGGGCGUUAACGACUGUUCACAUAAGGAAGAUGUCGCUGUCAAGUGCCACCCCAAGCAGAACACCACAGUGCAGGUCCGUCUGGCCGGUAAGACCCCAGAGGGUCGUGUGGAGGUGCUUCAAGGCAAUGUGUGGGGGACUGUGUGUGACAAUCACUGGGACUCGGCAGACGCUGCUGUGGUCUGCAGGAUGCUCAAACUACCAUUUGGUAAUGCUGUGCCCAUUUCAAAAGCGGGUUACGGUCAGGGCACGGGACCAGUCGUGUUGGGUAAUGUGGACUGCGUGGGCACUGAGGCAGAUCUUGGAUUGUGCAAGUUCCCAGGAUGGACAGUUAACCAGUGUAAUCAUUCUCAUGAUGCGGGAGUCAUUUGUCAGUCAGCAACUGCCAACAUGACAGCUGUCCGUCUGAAUGGAGGAGCCAAGAUGUCCGAGGGCCGAGUCGAAGUUCUCUACAACAGCACCUGGGGCACGGUGUGCGACGACAACUUCGGCGGAAAUGAAGCUGCGGUAAUCUGUCGGUCGCUAGGAUACAAUGCAUCUGGAUCUGUAGCAGUAUCGCAAGCAGCAUACGGCCCUGGCACGGGGCCAGUGUGGCUUGGUGAUCUCCAGUGUCGGGGAACAGAGACGAACCUCAACCAGUGCGGGCACAGGGGCUGGGGACGAUCGAACUGUCGACAUAAUGAAGAUGCGUCAGUCAUGUGCUCACAUGGCUCCACAACAGGGGACAAGGUCACGGUACGGUUGGUUGGUGGUGAUGUGAGUUCCGAGGGCCGGGUUGAGGUCCACUACAAUGGGUCUUGGGGGACUGUUUGCGACGACUCUUGGAGCAAUAUGGACGCUCAGGUCGUCUGUCGGAUGCUCGGACUUCCUGCGGAUUGGGCAAUGGCCAGGAUCAAAUCAUUCUUUGGUCAAGGACGCCUUUCUACUUUACUUGACGAUGUUAAGUGUGACGGGUCCGAGUUGUCUCUAGGAGAGUGCCCCCACUCCCCCUGGGGAGUGAACAACUGCAAUCACGGGGAGGAUGCCGGAGUGGUCUGUUUGGCAGCAGCAUCAAACGUGACGGCCCGCCUUGUGAAUGGAACGUCUACAUCGAAUGGUCGCGUGGAGGUGUUCUUCAACAACACAUGGGGCACUGUGUGUGAUGAUAGGUUCGGGAACAAGGAAGCAGGAGUUGUCUGCCAUAUGUUAGGAUUUGAGAGGCUGGGCAGCAUAGCGAUUGGUAACGCCCACUUUGGACAAGGCUCUGGUGGUGUGCUGCUUGAUAAUGUUAUGUGCGUUGGCACUGAGGACAAUAUUGCUCAAUGUCUAAGCAACGGUUGGUACAUCACGCACUGCCAACACAAAGACGAUGUUAGUGUUCUCUGUAGUGAAGAUGUUCCCAAACUGCGUCUUGCCGAAGGUCCAAAUAAAUUUCAAGGUCGUCUUGAGAUGGAAGUGGCGGGUACAUGGGGAACAAUCUGUGAUGACAACUUCUCGUACACCGCCGCAGCUGUUGUCUGCCGUCAGAUGGGAUUACCAUUGUAAGUACUCUGUAUACAGUUUACACAUCUCACAAA